CAGAUUCUUCUGAGUUGUACUUCAAGCUGCCAAGAUGGUUCUAGCAGAUCUUGGAAGAAAAAUAACUUCAGCAUUACGCUCACUGAGCAAUGCUACGAUUAUCAAUGAAGAGGUUUUAAAUGCUAUGCUAAAAGAAGUAUGUACAGCAUUACUGGAAGCUGAUGUUAAUAUUAAACUUGUGAAGCAACUCAGAGAAAAUGUCAAGUCUGCAAUUGAUCUUGAAGAAAUGGCAUCUGGCCUUAACAAAAGAAAAAUGAUUCAGCAUGCGGUCUUUAAGGAACUUGUUAAGCUUGUAGAUCCUGGAGUCAAAGCAUGGACACCUACCAAAGGAAAACAGAAUAUUAUAAUGUUCGUUGGUUUGCAAGGAAGUGGUAAAACUACAACCUGUUCAAAGUUAGCAUACUUCUAUCAGAGGAAAGGUUGGAAGACGUGUUUAAUAUGUGCAGACACUUACAGAGCAGGUGCUUUUGACCAGUUAAAGCAGAAUGCCACAAAAGCAAGAAUUCCCUUUUAUGGGAGUUAUACAGAAAUGGAUCCUGUAAUUAUUGCCUCGGAAGGUGUUGAGAAAUUUAAGAAUGAAAACUUUGAAAUAAUCAUCGUUGAUACGAGUGGACGUCACAAACAGGAAGACUCUUUGUUUGAAGAGAUGUUACAAGUUGCUAAUGCUAUACAACCAGAUAACAUUGUUUAUGUAAUGGAUGCUUCCAUUGGCCAAGCUUGUGAAGCUCAAGCUAAAGCUUUCAAAGAUAAAGUAGAUGUAGCUUCUGUUAUUGUGACGAAGCUCGAUGGACAUGCCAAAGGAGGUGGAGCUCUUAGUGCAGUUGCUGCCACAAAGAGUCCUAUUAUUUUUAUUGGAACUGGUGAGCACAUAGAUGACUUUGAACCCUUCAAAACACAGCCUUUCAUCAGCAAACUUCUUGGUAUGGGUGAUAUUGAAGGAUUGAUAGACAAGGUAAAUGAGUUGAAGUUGGAUGAUAACGAAGCACUCAUAGAGAAGCUCAAACACGGUCAAUUUACGUUAAGAGAUAUGUAUGAACAAUUUCAAAACAUCAUGAAAAUGGGACCGUUCAGUCAGAUCUUGGGUAUGAUCCCUGGUUUCGGAACUGACUUUAUGAGUAAAGGCAAUGAACAGGAAUCAAUGGCAAGGCUAAAGAAACUGAUGACUAUAAUGGACAGUAUGAAUGACCAAGAACUUGACAGUACAGAUGGUGCCAAAGUUUUCAGUAAGCAGCCAGGAAGAAUCCAAAGAGUAGCAAGAGGUUCAGGUGUUUCUACCAGAGAUGUUCAAGAGCUUUUGACCCAAUAUACUAAGUUUGCACAGAUGGUGAAGAAGAUGGGAGGCAUUAAAGGGCUUUUCAAAGGUGGUGAUAUGUCAAAGAAUGUAAACCCAUCUCAGUUGGCCAAACUGAACCAACAGAUGGCGAAGAUGAUGGAUCCAAGAGUUCUUCAUCAUAUGGGUGGCAUGGCAGGAUUGCAGUCAAUGAUGAGACAAUUUCAACAAGGUGCUGCUGGGAAUAUGAAAGGCAUGAUGGGAUUCAAUAAUAUGUAAAGAAGCCUUAAUAAAAAUGGACUUGGUUGAUUCUUCAUUGCAACUUCAGUGAAAGAAUUUGCUUUCUUCCUUUUGACAGUGAUGGGGGGAGUGGUCUUUUGGAAUCUUAUUCAGGCUUCUCAGUUUCUACAUCUAAUUUCUGAAAACUAUUUUUGCUUACAUUAGUUCCUCUCCACUAAUACCUGAUGGCACAAAGAGUAAUUCAAUUUAAUAAACCAAAACCAUGAUGUAAAAUUUUAAUAUUUAGAGAGACUUUUUAAUUGUUUACAUCAAAUGGCAGCCAUUAUAUUUGUAAACAACCCUGAUCUUUGGUUAUAGUAACAUAAAAUGUCACAAAUAUACUGUAAAAUAAAAUUUAAGUGGUUAUAAACA